AUGAAGAUCUCCAACUCAGCUGUCUCUGGCCGGCCUGCGCCCUCUUACGAAGAAUUUGUCGACCUCGAGUUCGACCGCUUCCUUCGCGAUCCUAAUUCUCCGAGCUUCUCCCUCGGCUGCAACACAACGGCUUUGAAGGUCAAAAUGAUGGAGUUCCUGUCAUGGGAUAGUUGGGCACCUAAUGCCUCAAAACUGGCGCACGAAGUCGAGCAAUACAAGUGGCUAAGCACGGCAACAUUCCAUCGCUUCGGCGAACUGCCCCCGGAACUUCGCAAUCAAAUAUGGGAGUAUGCAAUUGCACCCCACCGAGAGGCCAAGGUUCACUGCCUCCGUGAGCGAAAUAGAAGAUGGAUUUCGAACCAGCCUACGAGUCACUUUCUCCACGCGUGCCAUGAAUCUCGCGACAUCUGCUUGCAGAAAUCUGUGGUAGCUGCGUUUCAAACGUACUUUAAUCCUGACAUCGACAUUGCCUAUAUACCCGACCUUGUAGAAGAGAAUUUGAAAGAUGACGUUAUGCGGAUUACGGAGACAGCAUCCGAUGCAGAGGAGCCUGCUGGCGCAGAAGGUGAUGAGAUGCGGGAUAUAGUCGAAGGGGUCGACGAGACCGAGGUACAGGGGGAAGACAUUGACAUGAACGACAGAUCUGAACACAAUUCCAACGAAGACUUCUCUGUCGCAAAUGAACCCUUUUCCUUUGCGAGAUUGAUUUACAGCAAGUGUGCAAAGCAUGUUCAGAUCCUAGCCACGAGAAAAGACCUCUUCUGUCAGAUACCGUUGGAAGGACACAUGUCCGAGACCCACUACGAGAUGCGACAGGCAAUGCCAAAUUUGAACCAGACAGUGGUUGUAUUUGUAGAUGGCACAACGCUCGACCAGGCCUUCCGGAACAUUGAUUACUGUUUUCGGGACCUGUCUGUCAAAGAGAAAAAGUGCCGAGCCGAAAGAAGUUAUGCGCGAGCGUUUGCGAGAAAUAUCAACAGAAUGGUUUCCACCUGGGGUGAAGAGCCAAGGAAGUAUCGGUGGGUUGUGCCAAAUCGGCAAAUUGAAACGGAAAAGAGGUUGUUGCGCAAGUUUGGAUCCCCAGCUGGCCGAUGA